UUGUAAAAUAGUGGUGAGUACUCCUGCCUGUCACGCGGGUGAACUGCUUCAGUUUUUUCUUUUAAAUUUUUCUUUUUGAAGUUAAGCAAUUGCGUAUAAGGUAAUCCACCUUCUGUUCGUAACCGUACUGUUCGUUCACUUUAUUCCACUUUCCUCACUCAUUUCCUGGAAAUCAACUAAAAGAAACAAACCCUAAACCUUGCACCAUCGCCUGAUCAAAUCAAUCGAAUUAGGAUGACCACCAGCAUCCACAUCACCGCCCUAGACGGUAUUAUCAACGUCAACUCCCUCUUCACUCUCGCCGUCUUCCUCGGUCUCGCCUGGAACCCAUCGGACCCCAACAACUCCCUCAUUACCGACCCUACCUGCGCCGCCAGCUCCUCCAUUGUCGAGAAUCUUAUCGCCUAUCAUGUCUACUCCUUUAGUUCCUUCCUCUUCUCUAGCUUGCUCGCACUCGCGCUCAAACAAGCUCUCCGAAUAGCUAAAACCUCUCAUUUCUCGGCUCAUUUCAAUCACUUGCCUGAGUUUUUCGCGCACAUUAACAAAGAUGUGAUACGGGUCGGUAUGCUGGUGUCCGGUGUCGGUUCUGUUUGUGGGUGCGUGUUUUUGAUGCUGGCUUUGAUUAAUGUGGUUCAGUUCAAGCUUGGAACUUUGGCUUGUGGAAGUGGACAUAGCUUUGCAGCCGUUGUGCCUCUUGUGAUUUUUGUUUCUACUGCUCUCUUAGUUUAUGUGUGCACCGUUUUGUAUGCCUUUACUCGCUAACUUUUUCUUAGUUUGGUUUAAAUAGUUUCAGAUGUACAAGUGAGGGUAUUUAGAUUAGAUGCAGGAACUAAAUUGAUACAUCUCUGAUUAUGUAUGUGAAUUUUGAGGAUAUUACUGCAAUUGGUAUUGAAGUGUCUAUGUUUUCACAAAAGAAAUUAAGAAAAACAUGUGCUUUCUUUUUUUUUUUU